CCCCGUCCGUGUAAAACUUCACAAUCAUCAUUUGCUUAAUCAUCUGUUGCCUCCAAACCACCAAACCAAUUCAUGGACAUGUCUACUUUCUCACCACCAUCAUUUCACGACGAUUUUGGCAAAGAAGCCUCCAGCACCUUCAACUCCUUCCUCGCCGUCUUCGUUGUUAUCGCGGUGUUGAGCAUAUUGGGAACCGUCGCCAUAGCCUGCUUCGUGUACAGGUGCGUCAGGAAGAGCGGCCUCCCCGCCAUCAACAUCAACACCACCCCGGUCGCCGCGCCGGCUGCGCCGGGGAGCACGGGGCUUUACGCUGUCGUGCCAGACUCCCAGAUACGGGACACCACCGUGGAGAGGUUCCUCAAGGAGAUCGCCGGCGAGAAGCCCAUCCGGUUCACCCCGCAGCAGCUCUCGGGCUUCACCAACAACUACUCCGCCCGACUCGGCGCCGGCGGCUUCGGCGCCGUCUACAAGGGCAUGCUGCCCAACGGCCUCACGGUCGCCGUCAAGCGCCUCCACCCGGGCCAAGACGACAGGACCUCGCAGGAGCAGUUCAUGGCGGAGGUGGGCACCAUCGGGAGGACGCACCACAUCAACCUCGUCAGGCUCUUCGGCUUCUGCUACGACGCCGACGUGCGCGCGCUGGUGUACGAGUACAUGGAGCAUGGCGCGCUCGACUCCUACCUCUUCGACCGGAGCCGCGACGUCGGCUUCGAGACGGCGCGCGCCAUCGCCGUCGGCGUCGCCAAGGGGCUCCGGUACCUCCACGAGGAGUGCCAGCAGAAGAUCGUGCACUACGACAUCAAGCCCGGCAACGUCCUCCUCGACGGCGGCCUCACGCCCAAGGUGGCCGACUUCGGCCUCGCGCAGCUGCUGAACCGGGCCGACACGCACAAGACCGUCUCCGGGAUGCGCGGCACGCCCGGGUACGCCGCGCCAGAGAUGUGGAUGCAGGCCGGCGCCAGCGAGAAGUGCGACGUCUACAGCUUCGGCAUCCUCCUCUUCGAGAUCCUCGGUCGGAGGAGGAACUUCGACGAGGCCGCGCCGGAGAGCCAGCAGUGGUUCCCGAAGCUGGCGUGGACAAAGUACGACAGCAACGAGCUAAUGGAAGUCGUGGAGAGCUGUGACGAGCAAGACGAGAAGACGGCGCACAGGAUGUGCGAGGUGGCGUUCUGGUGCGUGCAGCAGCAGCCGGAGGCGAGGCCACCGAUGAGUGUGGUGGUGAAGAUGCUCGAGGGCGAGAUGGACAUUGCCCCGCCAGCGAACCCGUUCCAGCAUCUCAUGGCAGCGCCGGCGGCGGCAAACCUGUGGAUCACGACGACGAGCUCCGUGAACACGGCGUUGACUCCCGCAAAUGGUGUUUCUCGUGGUAGCAACGAGAUUGUUUAAGCUACGAUACUCUCGUGGUAGUACGAUUGCCAUGCAUGGAACAAUACAUAUACUCACUGGUGAAAAAUAAAGUCUUACAUUUUGAGACA